GGGUGAAGUCUAACAGGCUUAGCGCUGAAGAGCAGCUUCACUCCCACGAGUCGCAUUCCUGCGAUAGGCAUCGGGAGCAGCCGCGCGCGCAUACCUGUCAUAUUCCUCACCAAAUGCUGCACUUCCGUGUCAUGUUGGUCUGCUGACCGACAAGAAUGCGUACGAACUCGGUGAAUAUCAGCGCUUUCGGUCUUUUCCAUGAAGACUAAAAAAGUUCGUUUCGGACCACACUCCAGUUCACCUGAGCGCGAGAUGGAUCGUGUUUCCCACCGAGACUCCCAGACCGCCUAAGCUCCCGGAACAGGUGUGACUGAAGGGAAGAUGGAGGGCUGCUGGAGAUGGUGCUACCAAACCUGCACCUGCUGUCUGAACGAGGAGCAACGGAAAUCAGUCGCAAUAGACAAGGAAAUCAAGAGGAUUCUGGCUGAACAGAAGAAAAAAGAGCGAAGAGAAAUUAAAGUGCUCCUACUGGGCACGGGAGAGAGUGGGAAAACUACCUUUAUCAAGCAGAUGAGGAUCAUCCACGGCAAGGGAUUCUCCGAAGUAGACAGACGCACCUUCACCAAACUGGUUUAUCAGAACAUCUUUACAGCAAUCAAGGCCAUGACAGCUGCCAUGUCAACCCUCAGGAUUCCCUACGCCAACCAGCAGAACGAGGCACAUGCUCAGAAGGUUCAAGCUGUAGAUGUCCAUCAUGUAGCCCACCUGGAUCGAGGUUACGUGGAUGCUAUUCAGUCUCUGUGGACCGACACCGGAGUUAAAAUCUGCUACAGUCGCCGGCGAGAGUACCAACUCCUGGACUCUACUGAAUACUUCAUGUCCAGUCUAGAGCGCAUCGCAGACCGUGACUACAUCCCCACUGCUCAGGACGUACUUCGGGUUCGUUUUCCAACUACUGGGAUCAACGACUACUCAUUCGUAGUGGAAAAGAUCACACUCAGGAUUGUGGAUGUCGGAGGGCAAAAAUCAGAGAGGAGGAAAUGGAUCCACUGCUUCGAGAACGUGACGUCGCUCAUCUUCUUGGCUUCGCUUAGCGAGUACGAUCAGGUCCUGGAGGAGAACAACAGUGAUAACCGUAUGGAGGAGAGUCUGACGCUCUUCUACACGACCAUCCACUCACCCUGGUUCUCUAAUGCCUCCAUUAUCCUCUUUCUCAAUAAAAUGGACAUCCUGGCUGAGAAGAUCAAAAUUUCCGAUCUGCAGAACUACUUCCCGAGGUUCCAAGGUAAGAAACGGGACGCAGAUGCAGCCAAGGAGUUCAUCCGUGAGAUGUACAAGCAGCAGGCGCAGACCCCUAUGAAGAAGGAAAACAAGACCAUUUACCCGCACUUCACCUGUGCCACGGACACCAACAACAUCCGCAUGGUGUUCAACGAUGUGAAAGACACAGUGCUCAUUAAGUCUCUGCAGGAAUAUGGUGUGCUGUGACCAGGCCAUGACAUGACUGCUUGUUAAGAUUGUGGAUAAACCCACCUCCCUUUCUUCAUCUUCUUCUUCCAGUGUCAUUUGUCAGACAUUUGUCUAAUAGUUUUGGGUGGUAGACAUGAUAGCUACUUCUCGAGAUUUUGCAAUAAUGGAACAGACCAACAUCUUGGCUGAAGAACUCGUAAAGAACUCAUAAUGGUUUCCCAGUCAUGCAUCAGUGAGGGAUAUUUUUUCUCUUCAUUCUUGGCAAGGGAACGAUUCUGCGGUGAAAAUGAACGUUUUGCAUUGGGAUUGGUGCAGUGAAGACGUUCCACAUACUAGACGGAGAGAAAUCUGUAAGGACCUUUUUUUUUUUGUAUAUUAACGUCUCUUUAAAUGAUGCUGCAUAUUAAAUCAACUGAAUUUCUGGGGUUUUAUGAUUUCAUGGUGUUAGUGUUAUAACAGGACACAUUGUUCAACUAGUUGACGCCUUUACACUCAAAUAUAAGAGUCUUCAAUUGCUGCAAGGGCUCCAUUUCUUCCUCUGGGACCAAGAUCUUAUGUCCUUAUCUACAGGGACACUCCUUUGUAUCAAUUUCCUACUUUUGUUAUCAUUCUGUCUUUUUUUUGCUCUCUCCACUAUACUCUAUUUAACAAGAGUACAGAUGCCCUCUGUAUAAUUAAUAUUUAUCAUAUGUUCUUUGUAUUGUGUCCUGUAAACGUUAUAACUGUAGGUGCUUGGAAUCCUUUGUGGCAUGUAGAAAAGCUGAAUUCGUAUCAAAUGGAGAGAAAAUAUCUCAAAGAAAUGAAGGACAAUCCUAUGUGUCAUCUGCUCACCUUUGAACCUAUGAAUGAUUUAUUUGUGACAUUGAGAAUAAAUGUUUUUCUUCAUUUUAUAAUAUUAGUCAGUACCCUCCAUUGAAAUGCAGCAGACUAUAUGGACAGAAGUUUCUAGAAACCUGAGCAUUCGAUGUGUUUUUUGAACACCCUGUUCCACAUUUUGUUAGCAUUUACUGUUGAUGAGCGACACUCUUCUGGGCAGAUGUUCCACUAGAUUGAUUCAUGAGGGUGUUAGUAAGGUCAGGUACUGAUGUCGAUGAGGAACCCUGGGGUUCAUCAGUGCUCACAUUCAUCCUGUUCAAUAGGGUUGAGUUCAGAGCUCUAGAGCAGGAGAUCUUCCACUCCAACCCUUGUGGAGCAUAUCUUAAUGGAGCUGGGUUUGGACACAGGUUUAUUGUCAUGCUGGAGCAGGUUUUGGUCUCCUCGUACCCAAGUACUGCUUGUGCCUCCAAAGACAAUAUAGUCUCUCCAUUCAACCUAUCACCAUGACCACAGAGAUCACACCUUUUUCUUAUUCACCAGAUGUACUCAACUUGUUCCUGUGUAAUUGUUCUUCCGUUACAUGAUUCGUACGAACACUGGGGGGGACUUACAUAAAAAACCCAAAGCUCUGGAUGAAGGCAGGGCUCAUCAUGCUGUGUGAAGGCGAUGCUACCAAUUGCACUACCUUUAUUUGUCAAUUAUAGUACAAAUUAUAAUUCACUUAGCUUGUGAUUAGAUACCAGCACGGUUAAUUAUUUAUCCUGCCCACAAAACUAAACCAUCUGUUUGCAAUGAUGAACAAUAUUUCAUGUUUACUGGUGUGUUUGUUUUCAUAGUGCCUGAUUUAUGAGGGAAAAGGGAAACACAUUUAACAUGGCAGCGAGCAAUAAGCUACAUUUGUAUAGUCUGUUUCAUUAAACAUUCGGUAGUGCACUGUAUACGACCUGUUUAAUAUCGCUUUAUUCAUGUAUCUGAUUGUUUGUUUUUUUUUACCCGGAAGCACCUGUUUUAUGUUUCAAUAUUUCCUUACAUUAUUACCUUGACAUUUUUAUAGAAGUAGUUUUUUUUUUUUAGUUAGCAGUUGCUGCUUUACCUUCAUGACAAAUUCAUGUAAACUAGGUUUGGAAUAAUAGAUAUCCCACCACCAACACCACCAACACCACCACCACCACCACCACCUACACCACCACCGUCACCAACACCACCACCACCACCACCAUCACCACCACCACCAUCACCACC